AUGAGACUGGACGACUUGAACGGCUACAAGAACCCCAACAGAAACCUGCAGAUCCAGCUCAACACUGACGGACCUAUUAAGUACGUGGAGGUCCUGGGAGGGGACAUGUUGUCUCAGAGUCAGUCCUUCAGGUCCUGUCUCUCUCCCAUGUCAGAGUUCAGUGAUUUCACCUUCGUUAAGCCCAGCAGCACCACUGACUUUAAGGAGAUGAUCAACGUUCUAGACGCGUCUUUACCCGACAGCGCCUGGACCUUUGAGAGCCAGCAGGUGAGCAGUAAACAAUAGCAUUGUGACGAAUAAUAUUCCUGACUCUAAUGCUUUAUGACGUCCUAUCAUGAGAAUUCAGAGUUUAUUUUUCACGUAGGCUAUGAUGUCAUAAUCAGUGAGUGGAGAUCCACCAUCAGUUGGGACAUCACACCCUGAGAAAUUAUGAUGAAUGUUAGCCGAUAUUGUGACGUUUAAUAUUCCAGGGUGCACCUUAUGAAAUAAUAAUGUCGGCCUAAUGUUAUAUAAUAUAUUAUAUAAUAUUUUAUAAUAUUAGCGCCAAAACAUGCUUACUGGUAUGCACAUUCCCUUCAACGUUGUAGUCUGUGAGAAUGGAUGAUACCUGAACCUGCAUGUCAUAUAUGGUUGUAGAGUAGUUCAGAAAAAUAAUUAAUUGUACACACUUAUCAACUACAGAAAAAAUGUAGGCUUGUGGGUUCAUGCAAAAUAUUUUCUUCAUAACGAAAAUGCUGAAGAAAAUUUGGAUUUAUAAAAUCAUGGAAUUUACAUCAGACAAAUUAUGUCUAAAUAGUAAUUUAACCCUCUUUCGUUGAUUUCUUCAUUUAGCAUACCAGUGAAUUAUAUGGAUUUCUUUAGGCCUAUAUCAUAGCACUGUAAUUUCCCAUUAAAUCAGUACAGUAGGCCAACUAAUUUGCACCGGAUCAAACGUGAUAAGUGACCUUUGUUAUCUAACUCUAAAUCGCUCUGGAUAAGGGCGUCUGCUAAAUGACUAAAAUGUGAAAUGUAAAUGUAAAUAAGUGCAUAUUUAUUUUAUUUUUUAUUUGCCAUUUAUCUGUUAUAUGCCAUUUAUCUGUUUUAAUAGGCCUUUUACAAAACAGCUGCUGUAAGUAGGCCAAUGCUCCUUGUAUUGGUUAUCAAUUACAUUGCUGCCUCCUUGCCAAGACGAGUCUGUGGUUACGUAAUGAUGUAUUGUUCAAGCGUUUUCAACACUUCUGAAAAGGAAACGCUUUGGAAACAUGCCACCUUGCGGCUAAAUCUAUCAUUGCAAUUUGACCAUCAGUUCAACGCUUACUUUUUAAUGUUGCCUAUGUUCAAUGGAAGUAGUUCCGUUCGUUGACGAAACAUAGCAACAAGUUCAUACAUACACUUGUGGUUCAUACCCACCCUUGUUUGUUUCGGUCUGUGCAGCAUGCCUUUGGAAAAGGCAUAAGUAACUUUUUUCUUUUUUUUAUCCUCUAAAUUGUUUGCUUUUACGCUUGCCGUUGCCUUUCUGUUGUGCAUUCAGAGUUGUUUUGCUUAAAACAAUAAUGGAUUUAGCCUGUAUCAUGUCUGUAACUUGGUUGUCAGUGCAAAAGAAGUGCCUCUGAAAAGUUUUCACUCUCUCGGCUUUGUGAAAGAGUUCUUUCUGUAUGGGGAGCAAGUCCCGGGUUCUCGGCCAAUAGGAAACGGGUUUUUGUGUCUGUGUCCCCGCCCCUAAGAGGAGCGGAGCAGAGGAGACAGAGUGGGGAGAGUUUUAGCCGAGCCUUCAUGGAGUUGUACCUUUCCUCUUUAUUUUCCAUAUAGAAUUAGGGCGUCAUGAUUACUCAUAAACUUCCCACCGCACUUUUUCUGAAACGGAAGUGUUUACCAACAGCCUGGUACCGUCGUUUUCACGGAACUAUGGAUUAGUUACGGUAAAGAGGAACUUUACACUUUUUCCAUCCCCCGGACCCCUCUCACAAUGGAAUCCAGACAGAGGAAGCACUGCGGAGGAUGGCCCGUGCUGAGGCUAUGGUUUUCCCUGGCGUGCCUCAUGGGCGCGACCGCGCAGCUCAGCUACUCCGUGUCAGAGGAGCUCAGGCCGGGGGCUGUGGUCGGGAAUAUCGCUAGGGAUUUGGGUCUCACUGUUCAAAUGAUAAUUCAGAGAAAAUUGCGGGUGGUCUCGGAAUCUAACGCGCAGUAUUUCGAGGUGAACCAGGCGACUGGGGAUUUGAUUAUUAGACAGACAAUUGACAGGGAACACAUGUGCGAAUUAAGUACAACAUGUUCACUACAUCUUGAGAUUGUACUUGAGGACCCUUUAGCAAUACAUCGUGUUCUUGUGGAUAUUAUGGAUGUGAAUGACAAUUCGCCGCAGUUUUCCACUAAGAAUAUUUCCUUGGAGAUAUCAGAGGCGGCCGCGCCGGGCACCCGGUUCCGACUGGAGAGUGCGCACGAUCCAGAUGUGGGUAUCAACUCUUUGCGCACUUAUCACCUCGCACCCAACGACUGUUUUGUUUUGAAUGUGGAAACGAAAAUUGACGGUAGUAAGUUCCCCGAGUUAGUUUUAGAGAAGGCUUUGGAUAGGGAGACGCAGGCCUUGUUUCGCCUGUUGCUCACUGCCGUAGACGGGGGUCAGCCAGAGAAGUCUGGCUCCACUCUUCUACUCAUUAAAAUUCUGGACGUCAAUGACAACGCGCCCGUCUUUGACAAGCCGGUGAAAAAAGUUAGCGUGUUGGAAAAUGUUGAAAAGGGCACUUUAGUAACGAAACUGAACGCGACCGACGCGGAUUUUGCCCAGAACGGGGAGAUCUCCUUCCUGUUUAGUAAAUACACGCCGGACCGGGUGCUCAAGCUAUUCAGCAUGGAUUCUAAAACCGGUGAGGUCCGUGUGAAUGGUCACGUGGAUUAUGAGACAGGGAAUGUGUAUCACAUCACUGUGCAGGCCAGGGAUGGGGGAACCCCCGCCAUGGAGGGAUCCUGUAACAUCAUAGUUGAAGUCACUGACGUGAAUGACAACUCUCCGGAGGUGAUGUUGACGUCACUGACCAGUCCUAUCCAGGAGGAUGCAGCGCCGGGAACAGUUAUCGCCCUCAUCAGCGCAAGGGACCUGGACUCUGGUGAGAACGGCAAGGUAACAUUAAAGGUCCAGUCUGGCCUGCCCUUCAAACUCAACUCCGCCUUUGGAGAACACUACAACCUCAUCACCGACGGCAACCUGGACCGAGAGACCAUGGCCGAUUACACCGUGGUCAUCAUGGCGACCGACGCUGGCUCCCCUCCCCUGUCAUCGCAUACGACCUUCAUGGUCAAGCUUUCAGACGUGAACGACAACGCUCCAUCGUUCUCCCAGCCCUCCUACUCAGUGGACGUCCCCGAGAACAACACCCCCAGCACCCCCAUCGCCAUGGUGAUGGCCUCUGACCCAGACACGGGGGACAACGGCCGCGUCUCCUUUUCCAUCCUGUCCAGCAUGGUCCAGGGCUCCCCCAUCUCCUCCUAUGUCUACAUCAACCCAGAGACUGGACACAUCUACAGCAUGCGCUCCCUGGACCAUGAAACCCUCAACGCCUUCCGCAUCGAGGUGCAGGCCCGAGACGCCGGGGCGCCACCCCGGACCGCCAAUGUCACUGUGCAUGUGUUCGUAGUAGAUCUUAACGACAACGCGCCCCUCAUCGUGUACCCCCCCUUCCCCCAGGAUACGGGGCUGCAGCUCAGUGUACCCCAGUCGGCUGGGCCGGGGCAUCUCAUUAAUAAACUGGUUGGGGUGGAUCCUGAUAGUGGUCAUAACGCCUGGUUGUUCUACUCCAUCGCCCCCGGGCCUCACACUGGUCUGUUCCUCAUCACCCCCCACACCGGCGAGCUCCGCACCACCCGCAAGCUAGCCGAGGAGGAGGGUGGCUCCACCUAUGACAUCAUCGUGGUCGUCCAGGACAACGGCGAACCUACUCUCUCCACCACUGUGGCCAUUACGGUAACUGUGGAGGAGAAGGGCGCCAGCGACGCCGCCACGGACAACCGGAAGACGUCAGUGAUGCGGCGGACUGGGAUGUCUGACAUCACACUGUACCUCAUCAUCUCACUGGCCUGUGUCUCGGCCGUGUCCUUCCUCACCUUCCUCAUCCUCAUGGUCCGAUGCCUCCGCCACCGCAGCGACCAUGGAGGGACGGGCUGCUGCUACAGCCAUUACCGGCCCAGCAGGGCCUACCAUCAGAGACCCAACAAGGACCUCCACCUGCAGCUCAACACAGAUGGACCCAUCCGUUACAUGGAGGUGGUGGGAGGGGCUCAGGACCCCCCAGGAACACGGACCUACAGACCCUGCUACUCCACCAUCUCCAGCCGCAGUGACUUUGUGUUUGUCAAGACGCCCAUGAUGAGCCACAACAACACACUCAGUAUGACGCUCAACAGGAAGCACCUAAUGAACUCAGCCAAUGAGGUGAGGGCACCAGGGGGCAGAAGGCAGGGUAUUGGUGAGAUACACCUGUGAUAUGGCUAAUAGAGUUAUCUGAAAAAUCACUUGUAAGGACUAGGUUAUAAGGACUAAGUUAUGUAAGGACUAGGUUAUAACCAGUGGCGGUGAAGGUUUUAUCCAAAGAUGGUUGUCUUUAUUAACUUAGCUUACCAUAUUGAAUGGAGAAUUCAACUCAUGGUUAUGAUACUAUUUUUAACAUCCAGUCUUGAGCCUGCUGACCUAGAUUGACUAAGUCACGUAGCAAUGCAGUAGUUCUCCUAAAGCCUAGUGUUGUUGAGCCUCAUCCUUCUCUUUAGGACGUGGCAAAGGGGCUCUUCUUACCGUGUCAUCCAGCUAG